AUGUGGUCACGGAGUUUUGAGUUACCAACCUGUUAUGCACCGAUAACUCAAUGGAAGAUGUUAUUGCACAAGGACAGACAGCAUCUAAAUGCCGCAACAACAACAUUGCCAAGGGCUGUCCAAACUGCGACAAUACGGGUCUCAAACCCAACCAUCGUACCCGCGGUCCACUUCACCCAACCCGUUUUCAUGCACGGGUCCAACUACUGUCAGGCAACUUGA